GGAGAAAUUAUUUAGAAGGGAAGUAACUACUUUUAGGAGUUCGGGAAAGCUCUGGAACAAAAACACAUAAUGUUUACAUAAUGAAAACGAUCUCUGACAUAACGGUGUCGCAGUUAGCUUUAUCGCAAUUUACUCAUUUAUCUGUUCUCCAAUAUGUCAAUAGCACGUCUUUCCGUUAAAGCAGCAACUAAUUUCGGUGUUGGAUAUAAGAUUGGCGCAGCAUUUAAAGAACAUUUUCACGAAAGAUGUGCUUCAGCAGCAUCUAAACGACUUAAACAAUUUUAUGAUUCCGAUCACGGAAGAAAUGUUUAUGAAAAUGCGUUAUUGUCAACCGAAAGAUGUUAUCCGAAUAUUGUUCAGGAGUUGCGUGGUUUGUCCGAUGGAUCAGAAGUACCUUUCGAAAAUCUAUUUCUACAUUCGCUAGCGUCUGAAAUAUGGCUUUACUACUUGGAUAAAGAUGCUAAUCCUUCUCCACAAGCAACGUUCAAUCCACCAAAGAAACAGGAGAACCUUCGUUGCACGGAUAUUCUAGUCAAUUCUAGGUCAUGUCGGAUCAUUGGUCACAAUGAAGAUUGGCAGAGAGAAUGUUAUGGAAAAGGUUAUGUAGUUGACGUUGAAAUUGACAAACAGUCAAACAAACCAGUCAAUAAAACAACCUCUGUGAAACCCGUUGGGAAAUAUAACCAGACAGAGAGUGCAUGCUCUGAAACUGCAAGUCAUACCAAACCACAUCACAAACAUAAAAGUAUUCAACAAAAAAUUUCAGAACGAAAUGAACAAUUUGUGUCUUUCGCUACUCCAUGUGAGUUGACUGGUUUUACUUUCGCGAUGAAUAAGUAUUUCGUCUUCACUGUAAACAGUCUUGUGCCGAAAGAGUCUAACACAGAAGGUGUUCCAAUUGCAGUGCUGAUUCGAGCCUUAAUGGGUGCUCGGUCCAUCGAGGAAUGUGUUCAAGUGAUGCAGAAUGAACCCUUCGGAUGUUGUUAUGGAAUUAAUUUGAACAUUGCCAGUAUUCACACCAACGAAAUGUGGUCAAUGGAAGUGUACUCGAGCAAGGAUGGUUCAAGUGUUUCUCUCAAGCAGCUUCCGUUUGAAGACAGUGAGACCCCUCAGAAUCACUACGUCCAUACAAACCACUACAAGUACACGCCAGGGGCGCUGGAGCUUUAUGACAAUCUGCUAUACUCUUGCGCCCGUCACUUCACAGCCCUGCACCAGGACACACCCAAGAGUGUGAAAGACGUGUGCAGAAUUCUUGGCGAUACAUCAAAUUCAGAGGGUCCCAUUUACAGACAGGUUGUUCCAACAGAAAAAACUGCUACAAUUGCAACAGGGUUGUUUGAUUUGAAAUCUAAGUUGAUGCAUGUGUUUGAUAAGAAUCCAAACCUGUCUGAUCCCUGUUUCAGUAUACCAUUUUUAAAAUGAUUGGUUUGCAUAUUAUUUGCAAAUUGAUUGUUCUUUCUUACACUGUCCUAACUAUUCACAAAAUGGUUUUGGAUAUAUGUAAUUGGUUGGAUUAGAAACACAGUAUGAACAAGAGAUGUGUUUGUCAGAAACACAAUGCCCCCUACUGCGCUGCUUUGAAAUAAAAUUUCUAUUUAUCAUUUGGCAGGUAUAGAAAUCAUCUUCCUUUAAAGCUUAUUACUUCCCUUGGAUUUUGUUUUUUUAUGCCCCCGGAUCGAAAGAUCGGGGGUAUAUUGUUUUUGGCCUGUCUGUCAUUGUAUGUGUGUGUGUGUCCCAAAACUUUAACCUUCUUCAUAACUUUUGCAAUAUUGAACGUAGCAACUUGAUAUUUGGCAUGCAUGUGUAUCUCAUGGAGCUGCACAUUUAAAGUGGUGAAAGGUCAAGGUCAUCCUUCAAGGUCAAAAGUCAAAAAAAUAAAUUAAAGAACUUUAACCAAAACUUUAACCUUCUUCAUAACUUUUGCAAUAUUGAACGUAGCAACUUGAUAUUUGGCAUGCAUGUGUAUCUCAUGGAGCUGCACAUUUUGAGUGGUGAAAAGUCAAGGUCAAGGUCAUCCUUCAAUGUCAUAGGUCAAAAUUAAUUUUUUUUUAAGCGGUGCAUUAGGGGGCAUUGUGUUUCUAACCAAACACAUCUCUUGUUAACCUUUGACAUUGACGGAUGACCUUGACCUUUCACCACUCAAAAAUGUGCAGCUCCAUGAGAUACCCAUGCAUUUUAAAUAUCUAAUUCCUAUCUUCAAUAUUGCAAAAUUUGAACUUUGACAUUGACCUUGAAGGAUGACCUUGACCUUUCACCACUCAAAAUUUGCAGCUCCAUGAGAUACACAUGCAUGCCAAAUAUUAAGUUGCUAUCUUCAAUAUUUAAAAAGUUAUGGCCAAUGUUAAAGUUUUCGGACGGACGGAAUAUUUGACAUUUGACCUUGAAGAAUGACCUUGAUUUUCACCUUUCACCACUAUAAAUGUUCAGCUCUAGGAGAUACACAUGUAUGACAAAUAUCAAGUUGGCUUGCUAUCUUCAAUAUUUAAAAAAAUAUGGCCAAUGUUAAAGAUUUCGGACAGACGGAAUAUUUGACAUUUGACCUUGAAGGAUGACCUUGACCUUCACCUUUCACCACUCAAAAUGUGCAGCUCUUUGAGAUGCACAUGCAUGCCAAAUAUCAAGUUGCUAUGUUAAAUAUUGAAAAAGUUACGACCAUUAAAGUUUCGGACGGAUGGACAGACUGACAUACUGACAAACUGACUUACGGACAGUUCAACUACUACAUGCCACCCUACUGGGGGCAUAAAAGUUCAUUUUUUUUAAAUGGGGCCAAAAAGGGCCAGUUGGCAUUUUGUUCAUACUCAGAUGAGUUGUUUUGAUCUGUAGAACACUAUUUCACUCAAGAAAUGACUGUGAUGACUUGCAUUUUCAAUUCAACAAAUUCUUUGAUUUUGUAAUUACAGUAGGACUUGUGUAAACAAUCCGAUCACACUAACAAUUUAAUAAUGUCAUCAUUGUUAUAUACACUAAUUUGCAUUAGACGGCAAUAUCCAUGGCAUUUUUUGACAGGUAACAACAAUAACCCAAAGGAUAGUAAUAAUAAUAUAUAAUUUUAUGAUAGUGUAAUAAGUCUAUUUCUCCGUUACUGCUGUGUGGAAAUAAAUUGAACAUUGUGACUAGCAGAAUUUUUAAUUAUGUUACAUUUAUUGAGAAUGCAGUACAAUUCUUGUCUUGAUGGUGAAGAUUAUUGUCCCAAAUGGGGGAAGGCUGAAAAUAACCAAGUGAAAUGUCAUCCCCAAAAGGAUGUUUAGCUCACCUGAGCACAAUGUGCUUGUGGUGAGCUGUAGGGUUUGUGAUCGCCGUUUGUCCGUCGUGCGCUGUGCAGCAUCAUGAUUUGCCUUGUUAACACUCUAGGGGCAACAUUUAUUGUCCAAUCUUAAUGAAAUUUGGUCAGAACAUUUUUCACAAUGAUAUCUUAGACAAUUUCAAAAAUGGUUUUCGUUUGACUUGGUUGAAAAACAGGGUGGCCAGGGGGCUGGGCACUUUUCCUUAUAUGGCUAUAGUAAAACCAUGUUAACACUCUAGAGGCAACAUUUAUUGUCCGAUUAUAUUGAAACUUGGUCAGAAGAUUUGUCCCACUGAUGUCAUGGACGAGUUCGAAAAUGGUUCAGGUUGCUUGAAAAACAUGGCUGCCAGGGGGUGGGGAAUUGUUCCUUAUAUGGCUCUAGUAAACCUUGUUAACACUCUAGAGGCCACAUUUAUUAUUGUCCAUUCAUCAUGAAACUUGGUCAGUAGAUUUAUCCCAUUGAUAUCUUGGACAUAUUCGAAAAUAGUUCCGGUUGGUUGAAAACAUGGCCACAAAGAGCGGAGCAUUUUUACGCCCCCCUUCGAAGAAGAGGGGUAUAUUGUUUUGCACAUGUCGGCCGGUCCGUCGGUCGGUCGGUCGGUUGGUCGGUCCGUCCACCAGAUGGUUUCCGGAUAACUCAAGAAUGCUUAGGCCUAGGAUCAUGAAACUUCAUAGGUACAUUGAUCAUGACUGGCAGAUGACCCCUAUUGAUUUUCAGGUCACUAGGUCAAAGGUCAAGGUCACAGUGACUCGAAAUAGUAAAAUGGUUUCGGGAUGAUAACUCAAGAAUGCUUAGGCCUAGGAUCAUGAAACUUCAUAUGUACAUUGAUCAUGACUGGCAGAUGACUCCUAUUGAUUUUCAGGUCACUAGGUCAAAGGUCAAGGUCACAGUGACUCGAAAUAGUAAAAUGGUUUUCGGAUAACUCAACAAUACUUACGCCUAGGAUCAUGAACUUCAUAGGAACAUUAAUCAUGACUGGCAGAUGACCCCUAUUGAUUUUCAGGUGACUAGGUCAAAGGUCAAUGUCACAGUGACUCGAAAUAGUAAAAUGGUUUCCGUAUGAAAACUCAAGGUCAAGGUCACAGUGACAAAAAACGUAUACACACAAUGGCUGCCACUACAACUGACAGCCCAUAUGGGGGGCAUGCAUGUUUUACAAACAGCCCUUGUUCAUUAUAUAGCUAUAGUAAAAACUUGUUGACACUAAAAAUAACAUUAAUAGUCUAAUCUUCACGAAACCUGGUCAGAACAUUUGUUCUAAUGAUAUCUUGGAUGAGUUCAAAAAUUGUUCUGGUCGUUGAAAAACAUGGACGCAGGGAGCGGGUCAUUUUUUCUUAUAUGGCUUUAGUGGAACCUUGUUAACACACUAGAGGCCACAUUUAUUGUCCUAUCAUCAUUAAACUUGGUCAGAAAAUUUGUCCCAAUGAUAUCUUGGAUGAGUUUGAAAAAAGUUUCAGUUGCUUGAAAAAAAUGAGCGCCAGGGGGCAGGACAUGUUUCCUUAUAUAUGGCUAUAGUUAAACCUUUUAAACACUCAAAAAGCCACAUUUAUUGUCCGAUCUUCAUGAAACUUGGUCUGAAGAUUGGUCUCAAUGAUAUAGUAAAACCUUGUAAACACUAUAGAAGCCACAUUUAUUGUCCGAUCUUUAUGAAGCUUGGUCUGAAGAUUGGUCUCAAUGAUAUAUUGGAGAGUUCGAAAAUAGUUCCGGUUUGUUGAAAAACAUGGCCGCCAAGGGGCGAGGCAUUUUUCCUUAUAUGGCUAUAGUUAAAACUUGUAAACACUAAAAGUCACAUUUAUUGUCCAAUUUUUAUAAAACUUGAUCAGAACAUUUGUUUAAAUGAUAUCUUGGAUCAGAUUGAAAAUGGUUCUGGUCUAUUGAAAAACAUAGCCACCAGGGGGCGUGGAAUUUAUCCUUAUAUGUCUAUUGAAAAACCUUCUUAGCACUCUAAAAGUUACAUUUAUUGUUCACUCUUCAUGAAACUUGGUGAGAACAUUUGUUCUCAUGAUAUCUAGGGCUGCACAGGUCUUUUACUUUGUAUCUCAGGUGAGCGACUUUGAGCCUUUCAGGCCCUCUUGUUCUGUUAAGCUUGACAAAUGUUGCUGUUUAGCAAUUGUUGGUAAAUGUUGCUGUUUAGCAAGUUAUAUUUGUAUAACGGUAAAAGAGUUAAAGAUACAGGAAUUAAGAUUACUUUAUGUACUAAUAUUAAGUUUUUAAAGUUGUGAAAUUAAAAUAGAAACCAUUACAUGUUGCAUGAAGGAUAUAAAUGUUGACAGUAUUAGUAUAUAUAUUUUUGCUGUUCCUACCCUUGAUUAUGAUUUUGAUAGCUUAUUUGUUUGUCAUAAAACAACCCUGAAUCAUAACAAAGAAGCAGUGUUGCAAUAAUACAUGCAAAAUUGUUCUAACUUUAGAUAGAACAGUGUUUCACCGAACCAAAAUACCUUUUCUCUACGAUUUAUAGUUAGAAAACUCAAAUUAGUAUUAAUAUCUUGUAGUUUUACAUAUUGUUUCAUCAUGUAUGUUGUAUUACAUCAUGUAAUGCUAUUUUGUAGUGAUAUAUAAUAUGUGCGUGAUCUCAAAGAGUAUACACAACGCCAAUCUGUUUCCCUUUCGGUAACAUUUUUGCUCACCUGAGCUCAAAGAUCUAAACGGAGCUUUGUGAUCACUUAAUUUCCAGCAUUCAGCGGUGUGCUGUCUGCAUUGUGUAUUUUUAACUGUUUGCUUGUUGCCAGCUUAAAGGCACAUUUUUAUCCAAUCUUGAUGAAAUUUGACAAAAUGUUCAUUGACAAUGUCUAGGUGGUGGUUGAAUCCGGCCACGUGUGGUUAGAAACAAGCGGACCGUUUCAAUAAACAUCGUAGUUCACAUUUACGAUACGAUACAUUUUUCGAAGAUACAUAAUUUCUGAAGUCCAUAUCAUAUUAUUAUAAAUUUCCAGUACUUAAUUAUUUACAUUGGCAUCUCAAGCGCCGUAUAUAUUUGACGAGCAUGGCGAGCUAGUUUGUCUACUAAUUAAGAUUAAAAUAUUAUCUCGUAAGUUAAAAUUGUUGUACGAUCGUUUAUGAAACGGCCCCCAGGUCACUGGGUGAAAUGUUUAUCUUGAUAAAAGUAAAGCUAUGUCUAAAUCUUGGUUAAGUGGAGUAAUAAAGUAGAUCACGAGGUUGAGUCUUUAACAAUUGGUGUCCUUGAACUCAGAUGCGCCCUUAAGCUUCAUCAUGGCCCUCUUGUUUUAGAACUGUGUUUUGCUGAACCUUCGAUAUUUAUAGAUAUGUUGGUUUAUGUUGUUCAGGGGCGUAGCUGGGCAGAUUUUAAGUGCACACGGCAUGGUCGGGAUUUUUUUUAUCUCGACGAAGCCGUACGUGCAUUCUAGAGAGGUUUCAGACAAUUUUAUAGUGCAACAUAAUGCGUGCUAAACUCGGAUAUGAUACCAUUUGUCUUCGAUUUUAUAACAUAGGAUUUUACUUUAAGAUUUUUUUUCCAGAAGGGGUAUUUCAUUUAAUGUAUGUCUAAAUAAAACCUUGAUAUGGUAUGGUAUAACAUAGGACAUAACACUUUUGGAUGAAAGUUACUAAAGCUUAAUUUGUAUUGUUAAACCAUAAAUAAAAGCAAAUUAAUUAAUUUAGCAAAAUAUCCAUCUUUUAGAUAGCAACUAUGUGUAUCAUCUUUACUCUAUAACUCUAGUGACUUACAUCUCGUCUUGUAUUCUCUACCUAUUGCACAAUAAUACAUGUGAACUGUAUACAUUCUAAUUAAUGCAAGGUCUCCUGUAUUGCAUGCAUUACAUUACACACGAAAUAAAAGGGCCAAACGGCGCUCCUUUCGUCUGGCAAAUACGUUAACGACCUCUUCCAGAUCGAUAUCUCGCUCUCGAUGUAUAUUCAACAGGGCAAUUUUAAGACCGGACAUGCGCUCUGUUCCCAUGGUGCUACGGAGGUAUGUCUUCACCCGUCUCAUUGUACAAAAAGCUGUUGCUGUCGAUACUGGCAUGCAGAGCAGAACGAGAAGACAUUGCAAGUUUUGUUCUCCUACCCAUCUCUUCUGUGCCCACUGCGUCAGUCUCCAAGUUCUCAUAGAACCGCAAAAGCUGUUUGGCAGAGUAGUCAAAGGCAAACGCUAUUGUAAGGACAGUUGCCAUCAUGUUCUUAGCGUGCAUCGAGUCGGAGGCGUGUAUAACGGCGAGAUUCAGCCAGUGCGCCUUGCAGUGAGUGUAUACAGCUCUCGCAACGAUGGCUUGGAUGCGAGCCUGGACCCCCUUCUGCUUCCCGGACAUGUUCGACGCACCAUCAUUACCAUGGCCGCGCAUUGUCUGAAUGUUUACUCCAAGAGCUUGAAGGUUGUCGAGGAAGGCAUUAGCCAGAGCUUCGCCGGUGGUAGACUUGCACUCGGCAAACCCAACGAACUCCUACCGGAGACAUGCUUUCUAUGCAUCGUAAAAUCAAAGGCAGAGAGCCAUUUGCUACAUAGUGGCAGCCAUUCUUAAAAGCGCCCGUUUCGUUAACAACCCAUUCGGAUACAUAGUAGUAAACAACGAUAAAGCGCAGUCGAUAAUACUGUUAUGGAUAGAGUCACCACCAAAAGAAUCGUGACCUCGAAAAUGGUAGCUAAAGCAUGCGUAUUCUAUACAGUCGAAAAAAAAUUUCAGACAGUUUAAGUGUUUUCGAUAUUAAAAAACAUCUCUCGCAUCUCUCCCGGAUUAGGCAUCACAUUUUAUUGCAUUUUUCGAUCAAUUUAAUUUUGUUUUUUUUUCCAAACAGCGUUCGCACGUGCGUAUUUGCGUCUGCCCAGCUACGCCCCUGUUGUUGGUUGUGAUGCCACAAAAGCCAUUUAUUUUCAUUGUGGAAGUGAAGUUAUUAGUACAUUUUUGUAAGAAAAAAUCUGCAAGAAUACACCCAUUUUAUGAAAAAGAUAUUUUAUUAUGGACUUAAAAGAAUCACGCUGAAAAAUAUCCAUCUGAUGAGAGGAAGGUAUCACCAGAAUAUGAAGCUUUGAGGGAUCAUCUGAUUUGUAGUUUAUGCGUAUAUGGGAAAUGUUCACAUAUUGGUAAAAUGAGUUGAAAUAAAUGAAAUUGUAAAGCAUUUUAUGUAACCUAGAUAUGGUAUUAUUCAGAUUGUUGGGAGUGUUUUCUUUAAAGUUGCUGACAGCCACUGGAUUUGUUACGUUUUUGUAAAAAUUGCAGUCAGGAUUGGGGGAAUGGUUAAGUUUUUUUAAUUGUAUUUUUAGUUUUUAUGCAUAAAUCUGUCUAAAGUUGAGUUGACAUUGAUUAACAAACUUAUGCAAAAAUCUUUGAGCUAAUCCAUUUAAUGGAAGAAAUAGAUGAUUGUGUACGAAGCUUGAUGCACUUGCCAUUUGUGAUUGUACAUGCCUUUAUAUUGUACUGCUUUUAGACUAGUAACACAAUAUGUGUUGGCCAGGGCAUUAAUUGUAUUGUUUGUUAAUGUUUCAGAUUUUUAUAAGUUAUAUUUGAUUUAUGUUUGCAUUCAGUUUUAAUUAUUUCAAUAAAGAUGUUUAUAAAAUUACCUCAAACAAAUGUGCAAUUCUCACAUUUUCAAUCAAAGAUGUUAAUUUUUGUUUAAGUUUGAUAAAGGCUUUACGCUUU